AUGAGUUUGGCUUUAGCCAACGCCCUUAAAUAUAUUACCAAGUUGCAACCAGAAAAUUACGAAGGUGGCAAGAUUGGCUCAACAGUAAUCAAUUUUAGUGGCAAUCGUUUGCGCGAAUUUACUUUGGAUUGGCUUGAGGCAGUGAAAAUUCCAUGCCCUUUUGAAAUAAACCUAGAGCACAAUCUGAUUGAAAACAUUUUUGCUUUACAAAAUUCCAACGGUUCGAGUGCCGAUUGCGCACCCGAAAUCAAAAUGACUGGUAAUCCGAUCGUGUGCGAUUGUAAAUUUGCUUGGAUUUACAGUGAAAACUAUCGUUCGCUGUUCAAUGGUUCACAGUGCGUUCAGACGUCAACCAAACUAGUAAAAGAUCUCGCGCAACUGGAACGUAAUGAACUGUGUGCUUGGGAACCAGUAAUGUGCCCCAGCGAAUGCAAUUGUUACACACAAUUUGAAUUCCUGCACAUCAAUUGCAAGGGUGCGCAACACAUCGAACAGCUCCCUCGCCCCGAGCAAGUUGGCCUCAAGAGUUCGGUACUCGACAUUAGCAAUAACAAUUUCAUUGCAUUGCCGCUAAACACCACCUUCGGGUAUGGUAACGUUUCGCAACUCAACGCGUCGUCCAAUAAAAUCACAAGCAUAUAUAUCAGUCAACUGCCAACCAAUUUGACGGGUUUGGAUCUACGAAAUAAUCGCUUAAUAUCUUUAAAUGAUGAAUUUUUACGUACAUAUCUCAAUGAGAGCACAAAACUACAAUUUCUCUAUCUAAGUGAAAAUCCUUGGUUUUGCGACUGUUCCACGCUGCAAUUGCUGUACACCAUACGAACACAUCGGACACGCAUACCCGAUGCCGACCAGUUACUCUGUGUUAAUCUGCCGAACGAUACACUCCUAAUUGCAAAUAUGAGAGAAUUGUGUCCAACUCCUGUUACGGUUGAACAUAAUCAGUACUUGAUUUUAACUUUGAUUAGCGUGGGGUUAACAAUUAUUAUUUUACUUUGCAUUAUCGUACUCUUCUAUAAAUAUAAAUUAGAAGUGAAAGUCUGGUUAUAUAAUCACAACAUAUUGAGAUUUUGCAUUCGCGAAUGUGAGCUGGAUAAGCAUAAAACAUUCGAUGCGUUUAUUUCGUAUGCUCACCAGGAUGCAGACUUCGUCAACCAUACAUUGCUGCCACGACUCGAGCAGUGCGAACCACCAUUUCGUGUAUGCACGCACGAACGCAAUUGGCUAGCUGGCGCUUAUAUACCUGAACAAAUCAUUGAAUCGGUGGAACAGUCGCGUCGGACGAUCAUUGUGCUUUCGCAGCACUUCAUCGAGUCGGAUUGGGCGCGCAUGGAGUUUCGCACAGCGCAUCAGUGCUCGUUGAACGAGGGUCGUGCGCGCAUAAUAAUGAUUAAAUAUGGAGAAAUCUCGAAAAGCGAGUUAUUAGACAGAGAACUAAAGGCAUAUUUGGACAUGAAUACAUAUCUGGAUUGGCAAGACGUCAGAUUUUGGGACAAAUUACGCUACGCCAUGCCACAUAAAGUGGGUGUAGAGAGGAGUUCCGAUAUGCUAAAAAUUAACGGCAGAAUGUAUGUUAUGGGACAAGUUGUGACGAAUCGUUUGGGUGACGAAAUGGUUUAA